AUGAGUGACACUUCUCUUUUAAACUCCUCCCCUUCAAAUUAUAAGAAGGGAUCAACUUUAACUACAAACCUGUUAUUUGCUAUAUUCGUAACAUGUCUAGGCCCUAUUCAAUUCGGCUAUCACAUCGCAGAAUUGAAUGCACCACAACAAGUUAUGUCAUGUGACGAUACAGCAACACACCCCAACUCUGAAACUGGAUCUUUGGAUACUCAUGGCUUGGGUUGGUUAGAGAACCACGGAUUGAAACAAUGUAUCCCAAUGACCGAUCAACAAAUAGGUAUUGUCACUGCUAUGUUCAGUAUUGGAGGACUUAUUGGAUCCUAUUAUGCUGGAUCACUUGCUGAAAGAUACGGUAGAAAACGGGUCAAUUUGAUUAACAAUUUCUGUUUCGCUCUUUUCGGAUCUCUAUGUAUGUUUACAGCAAAUAAUGUGAUCAUGCUAAUUUUAGGAAGAGUCCUGGUGGGGAUUGCAGCUGGUGUUUCCAUCGUGGUUACAAGUCUAUAUAUUAACGAUAUUGCUCCAGUAGAAUGGAGAGGUGCAUUGGGGACAAUGAAUCAAUUGAGUAUCAAUUUAGGUAUUCUUUUAACACAAACUGUUGCAUUAAAAUAUGCAGAUGUCCAUUCAUGGAGAUGGAUCUUUUUUGUAGGUGCAUUUGUUGCACUUUCUAACUUCGUCCUCUGGUUUAAAAUUGAGGAAUCCCCAAGAUGGUUACUUGGUCAUCGUGAUCAAACUUCUGCUGAAAAAGCUCUUUAUAAAUUACGCAAUGCAACAUAUCAAGAAGUCAAACAAGAGUUACAAUCGUGGCAAAGAAGUAUUGAUUCUGAAACAGAUCAAGAAGCCCAUAAUAGUAAUAUCAAUAAUAACAUUCAUACGAAAAAACUUACUUUAUUACAAUAUGUUAAAAGUUCUGAAUUUAAAAAACCUCGUGAAGCCAUUAGUACAAUUUUAAUUGGGCAACAAUUUUGUGGGAUUAAUUCAAUUAUCUUCUAUGGUGUCAGAUUAGUCAGUGAAUUAUUACCAAACCAAGCUGUUAUUAUCAAUUUAGGAUUAUCGAUCUUAAACGUUAUUUUCACAUUUAUCUCAUCUUCAGUUAUCGAACGUUUCGGACGUAAACCUUUAUUGAUAUCUUCUGCUUCUGCUAUGUCCAUGAUGUCGUUUAUCAUUAUGAUUUCUAUAAUGGGUGAACAUGCAAAACUAUUAGUAACAUCUAUAUAUUUUUAUAUCAUUGCGUUUGCCCUGGGAGUAGGUCCAAUUCCCUUUUUGAUCAUUGGAGAAUUAUCACAAGAUGGUAAUGAAUCCAAAGCAAUGGCACAAAGUUAUGGUACCGUUUGCAAUUGGUUAGCGACAUUUGUUGUUGGGUAUGGAUUCCCUGUGUUGAGUAAAUAUAUCGAUGGAUAUGUAUAUUUGAUUUUUGCAAUUUUUGCUGCAUGGUUUGCAUGGCACAUUAAGAAGGCAAUUCCUGAAACCAAGGGGAAGACAGAUUACAAUAGUGUUUGGAAUGGAUACUGA